UGUUAUUACUUUCAAAGUUUUCGAGGGCUUCGCUUCGGAAGAUAAUUUGAAAUUUGGCCCCAAAAAAGGUCCCAAAAAAUUAUUUUUUCCUCCAUAUCUUGACCGCAAGACAACGCCGAGGGCUUACGGUAGCAGUAUGCGAGAAAAUUCUACCAACUGAAGUGGAAAACACUCGGUUUAUCGAGCUUGAAUGAAGGCGGUCAUUGAAGUUUCGCGGCUUUGAAUUUCCAUAUUCGAGAACUUUACGCUCUAGAUUUAUGUAUGGUUUAUAAGAUUUUAUACUCAAGAUGGUAAUCGUAUCUAAGGGGGAACAUGUUUGGCUUGACAUUACAAAUGGAGGUGAGUUUGACCUGCCUAUCGGCGGUAUGGUCAAGAUGGCCGAUACGGGACAGGUACAAGUCGUUGAUGAUGAAGGCAGAGAACAUUGGAUUAAAGCAUCCAUGUCCAAGAAACUCAAAGUCAUGCAUCCCUCAAGUAUAGGAGGAGUUGACGACAUGAUCCAGCUUGGUGAUCUGAAUGAAGCAGGGAUGCUGCACAAUUUGUAUGCCAGAUAUUAUCGCCACCAAAUUUAUACUUACACUGGAUCUAUUCUUGUGGCUGUCAACCCCUAUCAACUAUACCCAAUAUAUGAUGCCGAGCAUAUCAAGAAAUACAAGGACAGAAAACUAGGAGAGUUGCCUCCGCACAUCUUUGCCAUUGCCGACAAUGCUUAUAACUUCAUGAAGAGAGAACAACAGGACCAGUGUGUCAUUAUAAGUGGAGAAAGUGGAGCAGGCAAAACAGAGUCUACCAAGCUAAUUCUCCAAUAUCUAGCAGCUGUUAGUGGCAGGCAUUCUUGGAUUGAACAACAAAUCCUGGAAGCCAACCCUAUCUUAGAAGCAUUUGGAAAUGCCAAAACAAUCAGAAAUGACAACUCCAGUAGAUUUGGCAAGUACAUUGAUGUUCAUUUUGAGAGGUCAGGAGCCAUCGAAGGAGCAAGGAUUGAACAGUAUCUGCUUGAGAAAUCAAGAAUUGUGAAUCAGAUGCGUGAUGAAAGGAACUACCAUAUAUUCUAUCGAAUGCUUGCUGGUAUGACAGAUGAGGAGAAACGUGAAUUUCACCUAACCGAAGCCUCUCACUACAACUACCUCACCCAAGGGGGAUGUAUCAGCUGUGAAGGAAUGGAUGACAAGGAAGAGUUUAUCAUCAUCAAAGCAGCCAUGAAGGUUUUGCUGUUUGUUGAUGCAGAAGCAAAAGCCAUUUUCAAGCUUUUGGCUGCCAUUUUAUACUUGGGAAAUCUAGAAUUUGAAGGAGCAGAAAAGAGUACAGUAGAAGGUUGUGAUGUCAGUAAUGAUGACACAGGACAAACUGCAGCCAAACUCCUAGAGGUACAAUAUAAACAUCUAACGAACGCGUUCACCAGCAAGUCAACUUUUGCUCGAGGCGAGAUGAUUUUCUCUCCCGUGUCUAUCGAGAAGGCCAAAGACGUCCGUGACGCCUUUGUCAAGGGCAUCUAUGGGCGUAUUUUCGUCUGGAUCGUUAAUAAAAUCAACAAGGCAAUAUUUAAGCCAAAGGAGUACGAAAAUGCAGUGCGGACAUCUUUUGGAGUCCUGGAUAUCUUUGGUUUUGAGAAUUUUAACCAUAACAGCUUUGAGCAGUUGUGUAUAAACUAUGCCAAUGAAAAUCUACAGCAGUUCUUUGUACGACACAUCUUCAAGCUAGAACAGGAGGAAUACGACAAGGAACACAUCAAGUGGCAUCACAUCACGUUCGUAGACAACCAGUCUAUCCUUGAUCUACUGGCCCAAAAACCCAUGAACGUGGUGGCUAUUGUCAACGAAGAGAGCAGAUUCCCAAGGGGAACAGAUGCGACAUUCUUACAGAAGCUCCAUUCGAAUCACAAGAAGAACGAUUUAUAUAUUUCCUCCAAGAAUACCUCUGACAAGACAUUUGGAAUCAAACAUUUUGCCGGCACUGUCUUCUACAACUCCGCAGGUUUUCUGGAGAAGAACAGAGACACCUUUAAUGCUGACUUGGUUGAUCUGGUGGGCAGGAGUAAGUCGCCUUUCCUGUUGGAAAUUUUUGCUAAAGAACGAGCAAUGGGCGAAGAAACCCGCAAAAGAUCCCCAACUUUAGGCGAACAGUUCAACAGGUCUCUAGACCUUCUGAUGAAGACCUUGUCAGCUUGUCAUCCAUUCUUUGUGCGAUGUAUCAAACCCAAUGAUUUCAAAAAGCCGUUGAUGUUUGAUCGCGUUCUGUGUUGUCGUCAGCUUCGUUAUUCAGGGAUGAUGGAAACCAUAAGCGUUGUUAAUGGAGAAAAAAAUGAUGUCAAAGGGAAUCAAGGGUGGUGUAGCGCUAGCUCGCUCGCCUCACACGUCUGGGAUGCCCAGGACCAUGAGUUGGAAGAAAGCCGUGACAGACUACUUACCCAACGCGCUAUUAUUAUCCAGAAGGUCGUAAGAGGCUUCUUAACCAAGAAACGGUUUGUUAAACAAAAACAGAUGGCGGUAGUGAUCCAGAAAGUCUGGCGAGGACAUCACCAGAGAGCCAGAUUCCUCAAGAUUCGUAAUGGUUACGCACGUCUCCAAGCUGUAUACCGAGCUCGGGAAAGAUCAGCCAAAUUCCAAAACCUUCGUCUCCGCGUGUGCUUUUUCCAGGCUUAUUGCCGCGGUUACAUGGCGCGAAAAGAUUUCAAUGUGCGCAUGCGUAGUAUUAUCAAGAUUCAAGCAGGGGCACGAAAGGUGCUGGCCAAGAGAACUGCAGAACGUCUCAGACUUGAGAAAGUUAAACGCGAAGAGGCAGAAAAACUUCGGCAAAUCGAAGAAAAGAAGUUGAAGAAAGGAAUGGCGUCUGACAAGGCCAAAAUGGAAGCGGAAAGACGUUACAAGGAGCGAGUAGCGAAGAUUGAAGAUGAAGUUCGUGAUCUUCAACAGCAGGACAAAGAAAAGGCGAAACUGAAGAAGGAAGAGAUUGAAAAGGCUGAAGCUUUAGCAAAACAACGCAAAGAAGCAGAUGUAGACGACGAAAAAAUGGUCGAUGAAAUGUUUGGAUUUUUACCAGAGGAGAGAGCAGCUAUACCAACAGCAGCCGAAACACCGUCAGCCUUUAAGGAUUUGGAACAGCACCAGCAGGCUAUGAUUUCCACAGAGGAUCAAGCUGUCGUUAAACGGAGAAAAGAUGGGCCCGAAGAAGACGUGUCUGAGUACAAAUUCUCGAAAUUCGCAGCCACAUACUUCCAGGGGGGUGCCACACAUACCUACAUACGAAAACCUCUGAAACAAUCACUACUGCUCCUGAAUUCAGAAGCUGAUAGCAUGGCUUCUCUCGCCGUGUGGAUCACGAUCCUUCGAUUCAUGGGUGACCUACCAGAGCCCAAGUACAUCACCUCUAAUCCCGAGGCCAAGGAUAAUUCGUCUGUCAUGAGCAAACUUUACGAUACGUUGGGAAAGAAGUUCACCAAGAAAGGAGUCGAAGGAGUAGACGAUUUCACUGGGUCCCAGUCUCCUGGACGAAUAAGAGAAGCAAAUCGCAAAAGAAUUGUAUCUCUGACUUUGAAACGAAAAUCCAAAAUCACCAAGGACGUGGCUACUAAGCUGAGGGAGGCUGAAGAAAGUGGUACUCUAGAUGGUGGAUAUGGUCCAUUAUCUGCACAGGACCGCCCAACAUCAAACCUGGAAAAACUUCACUUCAUUAUCGGCCAUGGAAUAUUGAGACUUGAAUUGCGUGACGAGAUUUAUUGCCAAAUAUGUAAACAAUUGAGCGCGAAUCCUUCUAAGACUAGUCACGCAAGAGGGUGGAUAUUGUUGUCACUGUGUCUGGGAUGCUUUGCUCCUUCAGAUAAGUUCGAGAAAUACCUAAAAUGCUUCAUCAGUGAAGGUCCGCCUGGCUACGCUCCUUACUGCGAAGAACGACUACGAAGAACACAACAGAAUGGCUGCAGAGAUCAGCCACCGAGCUGGCUAGAGCUUCAGGCAACUAAGUCGAAGAAGCCACUAAUGUUACCCAUAACAUUCAUGGACGGGAGAACCAAGACUUUACUGGCUGAUUCUUCGACAACAGCGAGAGAACUUUGCACCCAACUGGCAGACAAGAUCUCACUCAUGGAUAACUUCGGAUUUUCAUUAUACAUCGCUCUCUUCGACAAGGUCUCUAGUCUUGGUAGUGGGAAUGAUCACGUGAUGGAUGCCAUUUCCCAGUGCGAGCAGUACGCAAAAGAACAGGGAGCCCAAGAAAGGAACGCACCCUGGAGACUUUUUUUCCGCAAAGAGAUUUUCUCCCCUUGGCACGAUCCCUCGAUUGAUAAAAGUGGCACAGACCUUAUCUACCAGCAAGUCAUACGAGGAAUUAAGUUUGGUGAAUACAGAUGUGAUAAGGAUGAAGACUUUGCAGACAUAGCAGCCAAGCAGUAUUACGUGGAGUAUGGUAAAGACAUGGUUCCUGACCGGCUAAUGAAUCUAUUACCCUCAUAUCUACCGGAGUCUUUACUUGAAACUGGCCGAGGCGCGCUUGAGCAUUGGCAGGCUUUGAUUAUCGAUGCACAUAGAAAAGGAUAUUACACUCUACGAAGAGUCGAGCCUCAGGUCGUCAAAGAAGACGUCGUUAACUAUGCCCGUUACAAAUGGCCGCUGUUGUUCUCUCGCUUCUACGAAGCCUAUCAAUUCUCAGGACCCAGUCUCCCCAAGAAUGACGUCAUCAUCGCGGUCAAUUGRACCGGGGUUUACAUAGUAGACGAUCAGGAGCACGUGCUACUAGAUCUGCAGUUCCCGGAUAUUGCUCGCGUCAACUGUAAUCAGACCAAGCGUUUGGAGGGCUCAAGCUUCACAAUAUCUACAGUCAAAGGAGACGAGUACACCUUUACCUCCACGAGCGCUGAAGACAUUUGUGAGCUGGUGCAGUUUUUCUGGGAUGGUUUACGUAAUCGAUCCAAAUAUGUUGUGGCUUUAAUAGAUUAUCAGAGUCAAGGCGAAGAGUCGUCUUUCCUCAGUUUCAAGAAAGGUGAUCUCAUCGUCCUGGAGAACGAUACCGGAGAAACUGUCCUUAACUCCGGCUGGUGUACGGGUCUGUGCGAACGAACAGGGAAGGUCGGGGACUUCCCCGCGGAAUGUGUGUAUGUUCUUCCUACCACGACUAAACCUGGACAGGACACCCUGAUAACCUUUAGUGACCAAAAUCUUGAAAGCUCAGAAAAGAUCAUAGCAACCACAAAGACAGCCAUGUAUCCUGAAGGCCAAGAGGUGUUCGACAAGCCAUACACCCUGGAGGCCUUCUCCAUCGAUCACUUCUUGCCGCCAUCCAAGAGAACCUUGAGUAAGACUCUACAGACACAAGUGAGGAAGAAGGACAAGAAUAUUCCAUGGGCGUUCUCUAAGGAUCCUAUCAAGCAGCCGCUACUCAAGAGACUGGGAGGUCAGGAAGAACUGGCACAAAAGGCAACACAGAUCUUCUUAGCUAUUAUGAAGUACAUGGGUGACUACCCAUCUAAGCGAGCCAGACAAGCCACUGAACUAACUGAUGCUAUACUGGAACCAGCACUGCAACACGAACCACUUCGGGAUGAGGUCUACUGUCAGCUGAUCAAACAAAUAACAGAAAACAGGCUACCAUCAAGUUCUGAGAAGGGUUGGGAGCUUCUGUGGCUCUGUACCGGUGUUUUUGCCUGCAGUUCCUUGCUUCUCCGAGAGGUCAACCAAGUGUUCAAGUCUUGGCGAAUAAGACAACCUUUGGCACAUGACUGCCUAAUGCGCCUGCAGAAAACAAUCAGAGUUGGUCAGCGGAAGUACCCACCUCAUCUGGUCGAAGUAGAAGCCAUUCAGCACAAGACAACACAGAUCUUCCACAAAGUAUAUUUUCCAGAUGAUAGUGACCAGGCGUUUGAAGUUGAUUCGAGUACGAAGGCCAGAGAGUUCUGUUCGAUCGUCGCUCAACGUCUCGGACUCAAGUCUUCUGAUGGAUUCAGCUUAUUCGUCAAAAUUACUGAUAAAGUCAUCAGUGUCCCAGAAGGGGAUUUCUUCUUCGACUUUGUCAGACACUUGACAGAAUGGCUGAAGAAAGCAAGACCUACGAGAGACGGUCAGCUUCCCAACCUGACAUAUCAAGUGUUCUUCAUGAAGAAGCUCUGGAUUAACACAGUGGUCGGUAAAGACAACGCUGCAGAUUGUAUCUUCCACUUUUACCAGGAGCUGCCUAAAUAUUUAAGAGGCUAUCACAAGUGUACGAAAGAGGAAGCUGCACAACUUGCUGCUCUUAUCUACCGAGUAAAGUUCGGAGAAGACAAACGAGAGUUUCAGAAUAUUCCUAAAAUGUUGAAGGAACUCGUGUCGCAAGAUAUCAUGAAAGAGCGUUCUCCUGAUGAGUGGAAAAGGGAUAUCGUCGCUGCAUUCAACAAACACACUGGAAAAACCAAGAGUGAUGCUAAAGUUUCGUUUUUGAAAAUCAUCCAAAGAUGGCCGACGUUUGGUUCAGCCUUCUUCGAAGUCAAACAAACAACAGAACAGAAUUUCCCUCAGCUUCUCCUCAUCGCUAUCAACAAGAACGGUGUCAAUCUAAUUGAUCCCAAAACCAAGGAAAUCUUAGCGACAUAUCCAUUCACGAAAAUCUCAAACUGGAGCAGCGGUAAUACCUACUUUCACAUGACGAUAGGAAAUGUAGUGAAGGGCAGUAGAUUCCUGUGUGAAACAGCUCUGGGCUACAAAAUGGACGACUUGUUAACCUCGUACAUCUCUCUUGUUCUCUCCAACUUAAACAAGCAACGAAAACCUCCAACGCUUCGAGGAGUCAGGAAAUAAAUUCUCAAUACACAUUCCAGAAAAUGCCAGUAUCGCCAUUCCCUCGUCUAUUUAUGCUUUAAAUGUAUUUAUUCGUAGACGUUUUAGUGAAUGAUUUAAAGCAGUAACUGUGAAUACUGCUUUCUCUCCAUGAAUGCCAUGUUACGCGACUUGUAGUGCAUUUUGAUCGAGCUAACGUCGCGUGACCGACAUUUUUAUUGUCACGCAACAAGACUAUGCAACUUUGUCAAUACAAAUUUGUAGUGUUUUUAUUGCGAAUUUCUUGUUAUAAAACUGAAAUUGCCAACAUAAACGCAUGGCAAAACAAUCUCUUAAACAAUUUAACUAAGUUUUUCCUCGUUUUAGUGACUUUUUUUCCUUCGUUAUAAUUAGUAAUUGUGUGACGGAGUGACUCGUGUAACAUGGCCUUCUUACGUUAUUUAUAGUCACACAAUGCACCGAAAUAAAAGUCAAGAAAUGAACACUUAGAACAUAGUUCACUUAACAGCACGGGCAAUUUCGUCACGUAAUCUAAAGCAUUGCGUCAUGGGAUACCAUUGUAGAAAACACGUCGCCUUUUUAUCGAGUAAAAACCCUACAAUGCACUGCGCGUCACGUCAAAUCUAUACAAUAGCUUUCGAAAAAUAAACUCACAAAGCAAUUUUAAAUAGACAGGAGAACAGAUUUUUAGAUAUAAUUAGAAUUUCGUGACAUUUACAUAAAGCUCUACUUUGGGAUCAUUCAUUUACGUCAUGCGAGGACCUACCUAAUGCCUAUUAAUGUCUUAAGCAAUAAAGCCCUUUUUAAUCUGCUAUAUAUUUCGUUAUAAGAGCUUACUUAAUUUUCUUAACGGGAUAUUCUCGUAGUAACUUUAUCGUUUAAUAUGUAGGUGUGAUAGAGAAAUAGACUGUGACGUCACUCAAAAUCGUAGAAUCUAAAUUUGCCCAAAGAAUGACUUUGCAUUGCAAAGAAACUUUACUAAAUAUAGUUCGAGAUCAAAACAGCUUCAGUGGGUUUUAUUUUAAGUUGAAACAAGAAAAAGCUCCCUAAAUUCCUUGCAUUGACAGUAAUAAACCGCGACUCAACGUGGAGGUCCCUCUAAAUAAUUCGCAGACCAGAAAAUGCAUCGCCAUUGCCUUUCAAAGGCCAAGCCUGCGUUGAUAAUGAUAUUUAUAUAGUAAUAUUUAUCACUUUAAACAUAACAGCUGAAUAUUGAAUCCUAUUCACUCUAGAAUUUUUAAAAUGUCUAAUAUUAGUUUAUUAAUUUGCCUUAUUUUGUAAGUUGUUAAGAAAAUAAAAUGUCAUUUCUUUA